ACUGCAGGUUAAUGUCAUGCUAAAAGAACAUCCAGAGGAGUUUGGACCCAGAGUUGGUAUCAGAGAGUAUUCUUUUCUGGACAAUCCUUCAUUGCCCAAACAAGUUAAGGAAUCAUGGCUUGAUGUUCAUCUUUGUCAAGGAGGAAGCGACGGUUGUCGUGCAUCAAAUGAUACAAGCCCAUUGGGGGUUCUCAAAUUUCCAAAACAUAGCAAUCAAGAAACGUUUGAGACAAUAUUCUCCUCCUUCAAGGAUUUCAAAGUGAUUCAGUUUUCUUCAAUGCAAGAUGCUUUCCUUGGUUUUACUGACAAGACAAGGGAAGAGAAAUUCAGGAAACGCGUAAAGCGUUAUGUUGGUAUCUGGUGUUGCGUGGAGAAUCACACUCCAGGUCAUAUAUAUUAUGACAUGUACUGGGAUGAGAAGCCUGGAUGGAAACCGGUACCACCUCAAACCGCAGCAGAUGAUCAUCCACAUUGGUAAGGCCCUUCCUCAAAGCAGAUUUGUCUUUGUCAACUUGCUAUUAGUUCAAACAGGACUCUGUGGAACAUAAGACGGUGGAAACUUGUGAGAGAGAAUGAUUUGGUUCCUGACAGAUUGCCAGCACCAAGUAGGUUGAAUUGAUAGCUGCUCUCAAAUGCAAAGCAAAGGGCCUUGUGCAGCAUAGUAUUUAAUAGACUAUUAGUAAGAAGCUAGUCUUCCAAAUAGAGAAAGCCUUCCAUUUCCUGAUCAUCUUGGGAAAAAAAGAAAUUGAAAGAUUUUUCUUCUGGAUUGUUUUAACUCUAGAAAAGAAAUUUUGACAUCACUUAUUUAACUCUUCAACAAUGGAAAUAAAAGGAAAUGGAACAA